UAUUUUGGUCCAUUCCUACAUGUAUUAUCAUUGUAAAGAUUUACUGACUUGUUGAUAUUUUCAUUGUAUUAAUGAGUAUGUAGAAUGAAUUUGUUUGGCUUUGUUUAUACCAACUGAUCUUAACAGUACCCAAUCAAAGCUUGAAUAUUAUUUAUACAAGUACAUGUACAUACAUGUUUAACUGUUGUCAUUUGCAUAUACAUGCACGAUAUAUAUGUGAUCAUCUGUUUGUAAUGACUGUGUACAUUUUACAUAUAUAAUGCAAUGGUUGCCUGUCAAACUGUAUGUGUGUUGUCUUUUACUGAAGAAAAUGGAUAUAUAUAAUAAGAUACAUUUCAUACUACAUAUAUAUAUCACAAGCUGUUUCUUUUUGACAGUCUAUCCAAUGGAAAGCAAAUGCUAGAUAUAGGAGGGGAAGUGUCUGUCCUGAUUACGACAAACUCCUAUGUAUUUACUGAGACAGGGAGGAAGAAGUCUAUUGAAAAGACACGUCUGAGAUCGUUGAAGAAGAAGCCAAAGGAAAAAUGUGAGGUCAAAAAGGGUAUAACAUGCUGUGGGAUUUCCUUAUCGAAUGAUAUGGACUUUUUAGACCAUUUUCACAGCAGUCACAUGGAAAAAGUACAAGCAACACCAGGAACACUAGCAAGACAAUCUCCAGCAUCCCAAUCAACAACGCUACCAACAACGACCCAACCAACAACAACCCAACCAACUCGAACUCCAGGUACACCAACACCACCAAGACCAACGCUGUCAACACUUGGACCACCAACAUCUCAGGAUCCAUCUUACAUAAAGCCCGACCCUGUCAUCCCAUCAACCUUAUUGUGCUGUGGUGAUGUGGAGCAGAACCCAGGUCCUGACUAUAAGUGUCUCCAUCAGAUGUGUGCUGCUUCAUCUGCUCACUUUAAGUCUCUACAGGAGCUGGCUCGACACAUUACCACCGUACAUGUGUUUGAUAUUGUCUGUUUAUGGGAUGGUUGUGUGUUUGGGCUGUCACAAGCUGAUGCAAGGGAGAUGGAAACACACAUGCUUAAACAUGUAUACAUG